AUGUACGGCUCAUAUGGCUCAUAUAGCUCCAUGAGCAUCGGCUCCGCGCCCAUGAACAUUUACACAAGCGUCACAUCCCGCGACGAGUCGUGCGCGUUUCCUUCAUGGCCGCGCCGCUCAUCGCUGAGCUCCUCCAACAAGGACGAUGUCUCCCACGAGCCUCGCGCCAGCUCCUACCUCUCCGACGACGACCUCUUCCUCGACGACGAGCCCAGCAGCAGCAGCAGCGGUUCCGAGAGCGACGACAUCCGCAGCGUGUCCAGCGCAGGUAGUGCCUCGCCGCCCACGCUCGGUCUCGUCCUCGCCUCGCCCGUCCGUGCCGCGCCCAGCGAAGCCGAGAUUCUCGAGAUGCAGCGCCAACGACUCAACGUCCGCAAGGACCUCAUCCGCAUGGUUCAGCAGGAAAAGGAGCGCCGCAAGCAGCAGGCGAGCAAGAGCCGCCGCACCGCCGCGGCCAGCAAGAAGAGCAGCGGCAAGAAGACGACGACGCGCAAUAACUACACCAUGGCUCCCAUCAAAGAAGCGGACGAGUGA